GUUGAAGUUUGUCAUUUUGUCGCUAGAGCGGAAGUGAACGCCCUUAUAAGAGGGAUUGCACUCGCAUCAAGAUCUGCAAUGGUUCAGUUGCUUGCGUUCCUCAGGCGCCACCAGCACCUUUCAUUUGAAGAGUUCGACGAGAUGUGGACGAACCAUGCAACGCUCGUAAAUAAACAUCUUAAAGCUGUACAGGACGGCUCGGUCAAGUACAAGCAGUUCCAUGUCGACCCGAAGGUCAAUGCCGAGCUGCGUGCGCUGGGGCGUCCAGUCCUGGAUCACGACGGUAUGGUUCUGUGGGAAGCGGCAACCUUGGCAGAAAUUUUCGAGUGCAUCGCUUCCCCAGAAUGUCUUGAGUUCCUUCGACCAGACGAUGCGCGGUUCUUGGCGGAGGAGAGGGUAGAGCUGGUAGCUGGGCAGUUCAUGUAA